AUGGCAAACUCACCAAUGACUUUUAUGGGUGAACCCACAAGUCUUGGCAGCCCCGAAAACAAGCCUCUUCAUCUCAUCACUGAUGUUCAAGACACCAUGGUGCCCUUUGGCGGUGACUUGGGCAUGUCUGCCAACUACCAGCAGCGCAGCAGUGUUGAGUCGGACUCGCCUCGUGAAGACCACCGUUACAAGAAUGCCGUGCGAGGGGCGGACGGCCUAUUUCACUGCCCCUGGGAGGGCCAGGCAGGUUGUAGCCACAAACCCGAGAAACUUAAAUGCAACUAUGACAAAUACGUCGACUCUCAUCUGAAGCCAUACAAGUGCAAGGUCCCCAGCUGUGAGGACGCUCGCUUUUCCUCCACUGCUUGCCGUCUGCGCCAUGAGCGGGAGGCACAUGGUCUACAUGGGCACGGAAACAAACCAUUCCUCUGCACCCAUGAAGGCUGCGAGCGAGCCCAGGAAGGAAACGGGUUCCCCAGACAGUGGAACCUUCGCGAUCACAUGAAGCGAGUUCACAACGAUGUCGGCGAUGUUCCCGCACCCGCCCCCGCCCCCGCUGUUAACCCUGCCAAGGGCCGCAAGCGCAAGAACGAGGUCCAGGAGCCUGUCGUUGUUGAGCGCAAGGCGCCAACAAAGCCAACCCAGCAGCAGAGUGCUCGCAAGAACUCGACCAAGCCGCUUCUGGAUGAGUGGCAGGACCACUACCAGGCCCUCAAGGGCAUUCUCCAGGGAAUGGGUGGGCCAAGUGACCAGAGAAACAUCAGCCAGCUCACCGAAGUGCAGAACCGCUCCGUUGAGAUGUCGAAGAUCACUUCUCAGCUCGUGUCUGCCUCCAACAAGCUGCCGCGGGAUGCCGACUCCAAGAAGAUCUACAACUCUGGCGACUGA